GCGAUGAACACCAGUGAGUAUUUAUAUAUGCUGCUGUUGAAUGUCUCUCAGCACCAGCCAUUAUGAAGAUUACAUAUUUCUGCUUGAUUUUUGUGCUCUUGAUAUUCGCCAGCAUGGGCGUUAAUGGUGAGCGCAAUAAAAGGUAUAUCUCCCGUGAAUCCCCAGAAUCACAAUCACAUUCCCAUGAGAGCCACUCCCAUGAACGACGUUUUGACCCAAGGAUGGGACACAAUGGAGGUGCAGGCCCACUACCAAUACCACAAGCUUGAAUCACAACAGCUAUUCCUCCACCCCAGGAAUCAAUAUUCCUUCCUUUCUUAAUGUUUAACUGCUACCUUUCGUUCUAUGUAUACCAAUUUAUGCCAACGAAAAUUGCACUGGAGCCUAUACAUAUGCAAUAAAAGUUUGCAAAGAA